AUGUCGGAGCUGCCUUUUAGAGGAAGCAAGGGAAGUGUUUCGACCAGCAGUGGCCUGCUUAUCUUGGGUCGUGCUGCCGCCAAGGGAAACCUCCAGAACCCGACUUGUCCCAACAAGGCCAUUCCACCAUAUCGUAUACCCCCUUUCUUAGAACUUUGGCGGUUGAGCUCUGACUCCCGCGGUUUCUUGUUCGGGUUCUUUUCUCGCCUCUUUAUUCUCAUCAUUCCGGAUAAUCAGUUUCGCCGGACAUCAACGGAAACAAACGAUCAGCUGUUCGAGCGGACCGUGAUAGGAUACUUUACUCCACCACUGCGACUCCCUGCGACGUUCUCAAGAGCCCGACUCCAGGCCGGGGCCCGCAAGGGCGCCAUCCACAUCAGAACACCGGCCUCGGCCUGGGGCGUGAGAGAAAGAAGAGAGGAAGGCUUCCCUGCUCCCGAAGCACGCUCGGAGGCCAUCGAAGUGGUAAUCAGACAGAACUCCUUCAAGAUCGACAAGACCAGUUCAUCGACGCCGUGGCUCAUGAGGGGGAGCCACGCUCCCCCUCAUGAUGAUUACCACAAAAUCAAGCGCGAACAGUAUAGCAUUCUGUUCAGCGUCGCCGACCGAGCCAACAAGGGAAAGGUGACCCUUUCCGACUGGACAUACUUCGAGAACCUGCUCGAGAAGCCCGACGCCGAGUGCUGUCCGCCGGUCGUCACUACCAAAUGGACGAGCUAUGAGAACCUGCUCGAGAAGCCCGAUGCCGAGUAUGAAAUCGCCUUCCGCCUGUUCGACGUUGAGCGCCUCGGCACAGCCAAGUAUGACGACUUCCGUCGUCUUUACGAACUCAACAAGGGACCGGAUAGCAUCCCAUUUGAUGGGACUGCGAAUGUCAGAGCCUUCCAGAACAUGAUUGAGGAAAUGGACCUUGCUAGCCAGGGCAGCCUGGUUGAGGUCAUCAUCCGCAAGGCCUGUGACAAGAGCCAGGACGGCAAGAUCACCCGCACAGAAUUCCUCAACCAGGCUUCCAAGUUUACCCGUUUCUCCCUUUUUAUCCCCAUGGAGGCCGGCGGAGGAAGAGGGCGGAGGAAGAGGAGCAAGAUCGUUUCCAGAGAAGGAAGGCCAAAGAGGACGAAGCUUCUUGGGCUGUCUCAGAGUCAGGCAGCACAAGAGGUUCUGCCCGAAGACUUCCCCAGCUGGGCAGUGUUGAAAGAGAUUGUCGUUUGA